GGAUGCUCCACAUGAUCUGGCAGGCUGGGUCCGGCAGUGUGGCAGAAACUGUUUCUUUUUGAUGGAUGAUGACCCAAUGAUGAAGGUUGUAAGCUGUGAGGCAAAUCUGGGACAAAGCAGAGAAUGUGCUGGGGCUAUUUUGAGACGCCAAUCAUGACGCUGGCAUUGGAUUCGGGCGGAAGUCAUCCCCUUCAAAUUUUCCCAGCUUGCUUGCAGCCAGCCCGAUCCGGGGGUGAGGAUGAGUGUGCGAAUUGUGUGAGUAAAUCCAACAUGCGCGCGCGCGAGAGGGAGAGAGAGAGAGAGUGUGUGUGUGUGUGUCUGAGAGUGGGUACACGUGUGUUUGUCUAUGUUGGGCGUGAAUGGGGUGUGUCAAGAAGUCGGCGGAGGUGCUAGAGGUGUGUGGGUGAGAUGGUCAUUGAGCGAGCCACGCCCGAAAUAAGAGCAAGAAUAAGAAAGAUGGUGACGAGGAUGUUGACAAUGAUGGUGAGCGAAGAGGCAAGAGACAGAUGAAGAGGGGGGAAAGGAGAGAUUGUGUGUGUAUAUACGUGGACGUGUGCGCGUGUGCCUGCUCUGCUGAGGCCUGACAAUUUUUUUUUCUUUUCCACGGUGGUGCCUAUGUUCUGCGGCCGGUGCUGGAGCUGGAGCUGGAGCUGGAGCUGGAGCUGGAUUGCUGGUGUUGGUGCUUUGGUGCUUGAGCGACAAUAAAACCUUACGUCUCUCCUCCCCUCCCAAUACGUUAUGAAGAAAUCUCACCACCUCAAUCAUCACCACCACCACCACCACCACCACCACAGCCACGUCCACAUCCCCAUCCCCAUCCACAGUCACCGUCUCUCGGCUGCGUGAUCAGCCUCCGCGCUCAGCACAGCAAGGCCUGCGACCCAUCUUGUGCCUUUCCGGCCUCCGAACCUUGCGCCGGUCUGACAGGCCGACCGUCACAACGACGGCGUCUGGGUCCAUUUUUUCAUUUUCGUAGGUAACAGUUCCCCAGCGGCGCAAGCAUCUUUUUUUUCUCCACGGCCGGCGCUUUUUGGUGUUGCUGCUAGGCCUGCAGGCUUUCCACAUGAACCCUACGUUCCCAAGUAAGCACACUGGACCAGUCAACCGUGCUGCCGCCUGCAGUGUCACCCCUCUCCUCGCUCUCUUGCCCGUCUGCUCCAGCCCGUCAUUCCUCGUCUGCCUUUUCUCUCCUCUCCUCUCCUCCCCCCACAAUCAAACCCUUACCUGCCGCCCUUUUUGCCCUCCACUGACCACUCCCGCCCACCUUCACGCUCUCGCCGUCGGACUUCCUCGCGCCUUCGCUCCCACAAUCAUCGCUCUCUAACACUCUCUCUGUCCUGCUUGCUGUCUCCCUCCUUCCGCUGCGCAUGCUCUGUGCUGACAUGCUGAACCCUUGAAGCUUCCACCCAACGUCCUUGACACCCAUUCCACCUACAACCUGCAACACCACAACUCGCUCUCUCACACUCCUUGCCUUGGCCGCCUGCACCUCCUAUCCUGCUCUCCAGCACCCGCGAACGCCUUACCGUCGCCUAUCCUGGACCCCUCGCUGCUCUUCGCGCUUUCUUGUGCACGCAAACCACGCUCUGCCCACCAGGUGCUCAACCAGAGUCCUCCGUAUUCUCGAUAACGAGCGGUGGUUUGACGCCCUCAGACCUGCUCCCGCCGAGUAAUGUCGCAGAGCCGGCCAACUGCGUUCAGCAGCCUCAGAAUGGGUGAAGUCAUUCGUGAGCGAGUCCAAGAUGGUCUCACUGGUGAAACUAGAGAUCUAGCCUACACGCAGUGCAAAAUAGUCGGCAACGGCUCUUUUGGCGUCGUCUUCCACACAAAACUUUCCCCAAGCGGCGAGGACGCGGCUAUCAAGCGCGUUCUGCAGGACAAGCGUUUCAAGAACCGCGAACUUCAAAUCAUGCGUAUUGUGCGUCACCCAAAUAUUGUCGAACUCAAGGCCUUCUACUACAGCAAUGGCGAAAGGCGGGACGAAGUCUACCUUAAUCUGAUUCUUGAGUUUGUUCCCGAGACCGUUUAUCGCGCGUCACGCUACUUCAACAAGAUGAAGACGGUCAUGCCUAUCCUCGAAGUCAAGCUUUACAUCUACCAGCUCUUCCGCUCUCUCGCCUACAUUCACUCUCAAGGUAUCUGUCACAGAGAUAUCAAACCUCAAAAUCUGUUGCUCGAUCCUGCCACCGGCGUUUUGAAACUCUGCGACUUUGGCAGCGCAAAAAUUCUCGUGGAGAACGAGCCAAACGUGUCCUACAUUUGCUCCCGCUACUACCGUGCUCCAGAGCUCAUUUUUGGGGCCACAAACUAUACCACGAAAAUUGACGUGUGGUCCACAGGGUGUGUCAUGGCCGAGCUAAUGCUUGGACAGCCACUGUUCCCGGGAGAGUCAGGUAUCGACCAACUUGUCGAAAUCAUUAAAGUCUUGGGCACUCCGACGCGAGACCAGAUUCGCACAAUGAAUCCGAACUACAUGGAACACAAGUUUCCUCAAAUCAAACCCCAUCCAUUCAGCAAGGUUUUCCGCAAGGCUGAUCAUAAUGCUAUCGACCUAAUUUCAAAACUUCUUGAAUACACUCCAACUCAGCGCUUAUCGGCCAUUGAAGCCAUGGUACACCCCUUCUUCGACGAGUUGCGCGAUCCGAAUACUCGUCUUCCCGAUUCGCGUCACCAAAAUGGCGGUCCAAGAGAUCUUCCACCGCUCUUUGAUUUUUCUCAUCACGAGCUGUCAAUCUGUCCAGAGCUUAACCAAGCUCUCGUACCUCAGCACGCUCGCGCGGCGCUCCGCGCGAAAGGCCUUGACAUUGACUCACCAAACUUCCGUCCUAUGAAUAAGGAGGACAUGCAAGCUAGGCUUGAUUAAGCCGCUGCAUCCAGUGAUGUGGAUCAAUAUGCUUUUGGCUGCCACUGUUCUGCGACGUUGAUCACGCGGCAGCUUUCUAAGUACUCGUAUCCCUAGGAGCGUCACGCUUGUCUUAUGACCGAAUGAUAUAUCUACCACCCACAUGUAUGCCGCAACCCUCCCGUUGUGGUUUGAAUGAAGGCAGGUCUUCGACCGACCCAACGGGCUCGCUUUCAAGCUGUAAGGCGCUGUGGGUCUGGGAUGCGUGUUCUCCAUUAUUUCAGUUGUCAAUGAGGCGAGGGUUAAGUCUAAGACCUUCCAUAACAUGGGCUACAUCAGUUACUACGACGAAUGGAAUGGGUACACGAGCCUGUCAUUGGCGCAGGGCUUUCAUGCACGGCAACUCUUCACGGAUCUUGGCUUGUCGCCUGAGUGGGCGAACUUGAGCGAUACCCAUUAUCCCCUUGUUUUCAAUAACCCUACGGCUGCGAUGGAUUUCUUUCUGCAGGAUGGAGUUUCGAGCACGGUCACGGGCUUGUUGUUCCAAGAGCAGGUUUUCAUCGAAACCAGCUAUAUGUAGACGGAACGCUUCCUUAUCUUUCCACGGAAGCGACAAGCAUAUUAGAGCUACGGGCAGCAGCUCCUCGCGCUCUACACACUUGCUUGUUCAAUUUUUCUUACUCCUUUUCCACAGCACUUUAGAUUUUUGCGACUCACUUUUCUCUUUUGCGCGAUUUCUUUCUCACAGCCCACUACUUUGUCGCUCUAUUUUUUUUUUCUCAAGGUCUGCAUGCCCAUCCCAUCCAAACUCGUCACCGAUGCGGACUCUUCAUCAAUUCUCCAAAAAAGAAUGGCAUGGGCGGGCUUUCAAAGCAUCGAACACGUUUGUACAUGAGGGGUACUCAUUGCUGCUGUGGCCAACUUUUGCUCCUGGUGGCCUUCCUGGUGCAUAGUUUACAUCCGACGGUAGGACUGACAAGAGUGCAUGAUCACGAGGGCUAAGACAAGCAGGGAUUUCAUGGGCAUACUUCUCAUCAUUGCUAUGACGUAUGAUGUGAGGGUCGCUGCUGGAAAGGCAUUUCCGCUUGCAGAUGGCGGUCUGGGUUAGUAGUACUUCAAAAUUGAUAUGAUAGCCUCAUGAAUCGGAUUAAGGAUAUCCUCUGAAUCACAAA